CCGAGCUGCUGUUAUAAGUGAAGUGAGAGUGAAGUGAGAUGAAGUUCAGGAGCUGAGAGGCAACGAGAACAACAGAGUUCGGAUCUUGAUACAACUUUUGUCAGUUAAAGGGAAACUGAGAUCCAGGACGGUGAGAUGGCUCAGAGAGAAUUUCAGCUGGAGCAGGAAACGUUCUGCUGUUCGAUCUGUCUGGAACUACUGAAGGAUCCGGUGGCUACUGGCUGUGGACACAGCUACUGUAAGAGCUGUAUUAACAACCACUGGGACAAUGGGGAGGAGAGAGGAAGCUACAGCUGUCCUCAGUGUAGACAGACCUUCACACCGAGGCCUGUCCUGGAGAAAAACACCAUGUUAGCUGCUUUAGUGGAGGAGCUGAAGAAGACUGGACUCCAAGCUGCUCCUGCUGAUCACUGCUAUGCUGGACCUGAAGAUGUGGCCUGUGAUGUCUGCACUGGGAGAAAACUGAAAGCUCUCAAGUCCUGUUUGGUUUGUUUGGUCUCUUAUUGUGAAAAACACCUCCAGCCUCAUCUUCAGUCAGCUCCAUUGAAGAAGCACAAGCUGGUGGAGCCCUCGGAGAAGCUCCAGGAGAACAUCUGCUCUCGUCACGACGAGGUGAUGAAGAUGUUCUGCCGCACUGAUCAGCAGUGUAUCUGUUAUCUCUGCUCUGUGGAGGAACAUAAAGACCACGACACAGUGUCAGCUGCAGCAGAAAGGACUGAGAGGCAGAGAGAGCUCGGGCUGAGGAGACAAACAAUCCAGCAGAGAGUCCAGGACACAGAGAAAGACGUGAAACUGCUUCAACAGGAGGAGGAGGCCGUCAAUGGCUCUGCUGAUAAAGCAGUGGAGGACAGUGAGGAGAUCUUCACUGAGAUGAUCCGUCUGCUGGAGAAAAGAAGCUCUGAUGUGGAGCAGCAGAUCAGAUCCCAGCAGGAAACUGAAGUGAGUCGAGUCAGAGAGCUUCAGGAGAGACUGGAGCAGGAGAUCACUGAGCUGAAGAGGAAAGACCAUGAACUGAAGCAGCUCUCAGACACAGAGGAUCACAACCAGUUUCUACACAACUACCCCUCAUUGUCACCACUCAGUGGAUCUACACACUCAUCCAGCAUCAGGAUCCGUCCUCUGAGGAACUUUGAGGACGUGACAGCAGCUGUGUCCCAGGUCAGAGGUCGACUACAGGACAUUCUGAGUGAGACAGAGACAGAGAUUUUACAGAUUGUGUCUCAAGUGGAUGUUUUACUGCCUCAACCAGAGACAGAGACCAGAGCUGACUUCUUAAGAUAUUCACAGGAAAUCACACUAGAUCCAAACACAGCAAACAAAAAUCUGUUAUUAUCUGAGGGAAACAGAAAAGUAACUUGUGUGAGAAAAGAUCAGUCUUAUUCUGAUCACCCAGACAGAUUCACUUAUUAUUAUCAGGUCCUGAGUAGAGAGAGUCUGACUGGACGUUGUUACUGGGAGGUGGAGGUGGAGGUGGGAGCAACAGUUGAAGUAGCAGUCGCAUACAAGAAUAUCAGCAGAACAGGAGGCUCACGUGAAUGUGAAUUUGGAUUCAAUGAUAAAUCUUGGUCAUUAUAUUGUGAUGAUGACAGUUAUAUCUUUUAUUACAACAGCAUCGAGACUCGAGUGUCAGGUCCUCUGUCCUCCAGAGUAGGAGUGUACCUGGAUCACAGUGCAGGUGUUCUGUCCUUCUACAGCGUCUCUGACACCAUGACUCUCCUCCACAGAGUCCAGACCACAUUCACUCAGCCUCUCUAUGCUGGAGUUUAUGUUUAUACUGGAUCCACAGCUGAGUUCUGUAAACUCAAAUAGACUCGAGUCAUUAAAAGCAGUGAUUUAGAUUCUGUGUGUAAAUCUUUAACUUCUUUUGUCUCCAUGUUUGUUGAUCAAAGUUCAUCGUUGUGACGUUUCUGCUCCGCACAGAGAUCAGCUGUCAAUCAAACACUGACCUUCCUUUAUCACACAUAUUUAGUUCUCACUUUGUAAAAACAGAAAUCUAUAAUUAAACUGACAUGAAUUUGUUUGCAGAAGCUUGGGUGAAGCUUUCACAUUUCUCUUUGCAGAACAAGUGCAAUCUGAAAACUGAUGCACCACCACAAGAGGGCGCCUUUGUUUUGUGGACCACACCCUGUGGUUUGUGUUGUGCACACAACUUUCAUGUGUCGGUUGGACUCUGUCACAGCCUGGCUCUAUAAAACAUUCUAACAUGUCUCUUUACCUUCAGCCGCGCUGCAGAGGUUAUCCAAAUGAAUCCUUUUCAACAUGUGGCAUGAAAUUCAAAACUUCAGCUCUUCUUGGGUUUUUCAGAACGAUGUAAAAAACCCAAAAGGUGAAAUAUCUAACUGCACUUUUAAAAAAGAAAAUCCCCGACAUGUGGAUCUGUUUUCAUUGUUUGCUUCUUCAAAUUGGCUUUCAGUCUUUAUUUGUGUUUUCAGUUGAAGGUUUCUUAAUGUGCUUAUUUGGUUUCUGUGUUGAAAAAGCAGUAAGUGUAUAGUUGGGGGACUUUGUUUUUAGGGCUGCAACUUAUUCAGUGAUUGAUUUCAUCAGUUCAAUCAUCAAUCAAUCAAUCAAUCAAUUAAUCACUCAUCUCCACAGAACAAGACAGGGUUCCAUAAUGCUCAGGACUGUUUAGUUUACAGUUUUUGGGAAACAGAAGAAGGCCCCUCACUUUUGAGAUGGUGGUAUCAGAGGACGUUUUACAUUUACUCUUUUGUAACUUCAUGUUCUGAUUUUCUGAUGUGAAAUGAUGUUAAAUAUAUAUUUUAUUUGUAUCAUGUAAAUUCUGAUUGUAUUCACUUGUUAACUGUGUGCAUCAGUGGUAAUAAACUCAAAUUCCACAUGGA